CAGCAGAAUGCUUUCUCUCUUCUUUAUUCAUAACCAGAAGGAGUCAAAGCGACAAAUAUGGCGACGGCAGCGUCGGCUCCAGCAGUAACUGAUGUGGCCAGGGAGCGUGAUGUUUAUGGUCUCAGUGGUGAUGUCAAGAAGGAUCUCUUGGAUUAUCUUGACAACAUCGCGAGCUCCGGAGAUUUCGCGACCAUGAAGUCAAUGCCAAACCUCUCAGUUGAUCCAGACGUUCGACUUUUGGGCAAGGGCGACCAAGAGGACUGUAAGAUCGAAGCCCCGUUGGGGUUGCAGGACGCCCAGAAACUCAUCAACGCUGCCCGUCAAGCACCAUUUGGCAAGGGAGAGAGAACAAUAGUUGAUACGACUUUCCGCAAUACUUGGGAACUUGAUCCAAGUCAAUUCUCGCUCAGCAAAAAUUGGCAGUCGUACGUCGACUCUCUGAUGAGAAGCGCUUGCGAUGGGCUGGGUGUCAAGACAAAUGAUGUUAGAGCGGAGUUGUACAAGAUGCUUCUAUAUGAGAAGGGAGCAAUGUUUAAACCUCAUGCGGACUCCGAGAAGACGAGAGGUAUUUUUGGUACACUUGUGAUCAGUUUGCCUUCGGCACAUUUUGGUGGCUCUGUGGUCUUGUCGCACAAUGGAAAGCAGCAUGAGUUCAAGACCUCUUAUCAUGAGUAUCUAGCUUGGUAUUCGAACGUCACUCACGAGGUCAAGCAAGUCACGUCCGGUUGUCGGUGGGUCUUGACCUACAACCUUGUCCGUGAGCACAUGGGACAACCAGAAUCAGAAGUAGCUGGUAGGAAGCUGCACGUAAUUCUCGCCGACUGGAAACAGCAACGAGCCGAAGCAGCAACUGCGACUGUCACUCCGGUCAGCCAAACAACGAAAACAAUCGAGAUCAGUAGCGCAACCUCGACCUCCACUGACGAUUUACCACUUUCAAAUUCCGACGUCAAGCAGGCCAUAUACAUGUUGGAGCACAGGUAUACAAAUGCUAACCUCAGCAUCGAGUCUCUGAAGCAUGCAGACCGUCUCCGAGCCAAGGAGAUCCAAUCCAUCUGCGAUGAUUACGGCUACACCCUCUACCUCGCCAGUCUGGAACGCGAAGUCAUGGGCCAAGCUGACGAAGAUGAUUACGGUGGUCGUGGUUUCAACGAGUACGAUGAGGACGAAGACGAAGACGAGGAUGAAGAAGAUUCGGAUGGCAACAGCAGUCAAUACUCAGGGGGAAGCUACCACCGAAUUUGGGACAUCUGCAGCGACUCAAUAAACCUGACUCAUGUUGUUGAUGCUGAAGGACAGGAAGUGUUCCAUAUCGAUAUCUCCAUCGACGAAAAAGACAUUGUACAAACACACCCUUUCAAGCGGAAACCAAACAAGAGCGAAUACGAAGGAUACACUGGCAACGCAGGCGCGAGCGCUACGCAUUGGUACAAGGAUACUGUCAUUGUCCUCGUGCCCAACGACAAGAUCGCAGACGUUCUGAUGCACAGAAGACAAUACACCUCAGAAGUCGUUCCUGCCGAGAGAAUCGCCGUAAUGCUCGCAUACCUCCAGAAGCGCGUACAGAACACACCAGAGCAGAAGUCGGAAGAACUCAAACGAAGUGUAUAUCGUGCUUGUGAAUUGGUUGCAGCGAGGAACAACAAUCCUGGACACUAUGCAUAUGGCGGUGAGAAGCCAACCUAUACGGAUGAGAUGGUGUUGGAGGCUUUCAAAACUUGCAUGGCGCUUGGGUUGAGAGUGCCACUACCGGCUUUAGCCACUGCUUUCAAGAAGGACCUUCCUGAGUUCGCACUGCAGUCGCUGCGGAGACUAACAACCGAGGUUGGUUUCGAGGAGAUCAAGCCUAUUUAUGACAACCUUGUGCGCAAGCAGCAACGCGUGUCUGCUCGUUUCAAAACACUAUCAUUCUUGGCUGGUGCAGACCCCCUAACCUUAGAUACUCAAUCUGACAUCGUCCCGGAAAUCAGGACAUGGGCUCAAGAAAGCCUCGAAAAUGUCUUCUCUGACUUCGGGUCAUUGUCUGAUGACGAUGCCCGCGAACUAGCCAGGUUUGUAGCAGCUGACUCCAGCGGAUUACUCCUAAAAGAUCGAAUUAUACCAAGACUUCACGAGAUUCUCGACACACCGACCCCGGAAAAGACGGCAUUCAUCACGAGCUUCCUGUCAAGAAUCUAUGAACACUUUCGGUCGACUGGCUCUGCCAGAACCGACAUUCCGGACAUGUACGAGGUCUUGUUGAGAGCUGCGAUUCCGGGCUUCGCGCUCAGGAAGCCUGAAUAACACCCACGAUACUACAGAUACAGCCCCGAGGAAGAGAUCCGUGAGCCUGCACUCAAUGGUCACGACUUGGCGUUGAUCUUCCAACAUUGCAGGGAAUUGGGCCUUGAAGAAUGUAUCAACCAGAUGAUCGGCAGAAUUCUGGAAGAGAUUGACACGAUGGACAUGAAAGACUUUCCAACCU